AUGGAUGAGACAACUGAUGUUUGGACUAAAGAGCUUAAUAGUUAUAGCUACCAACACGAACAAGAACUGCAUGAACGUCUAAAAGUGCUUACAGCCACGGGUGAGAAACCUAAAUUAAGCGAUGAGCUAGAAGGGCUGAUAGACAGAGUUCUUCCUCGCAAUGAGACCGAAGAGUUGCAAGAAGAAACUACUCCGAGGACAUUGUAUGGACUUCUGGAUGUGGCACCACACGGAAGGAAGCGUAUGAACCAGCUUCUUGCGGGCCCUCACGGUUCGGGUGAUGUAUUUCAACAUUACGAAAACAGUGCUAUACACAGGACUCUGGCCAAGACAGUAGAUGAAUGGAUUGUCAGGCAAGAAGAUGUAGCAGGUGGGCAGCGUCCAGGAUCUCGUGAUGUAUCGCAAGGCGAAUUCUCGUCAGCUAUCUUUUCAUGGAGUUCUGCGAACCGAGAUAAAAAGGCAACCAGCUCAUCGCAAGGAAGCGGUCGUAUUGGGGAUAUACACAGGCAAUACUCGCUGAAUCAGCAACUCCGUAGCAAGGCCUACGAGGGUAUCGCCGAUUUAUUGGCGCGGCGUCGUGACCAGGAGCGACAACGCGAAAUCGACAGCAUCGCCAGUGUUACGAAGACGCGGAUGACCCCUGGUGGGUUCAAAGUGGAUCCAUUACAGAAAUUCGAAGCGCGAGCACUGCCGAAAGAGCGAAAGAAAAAGGGACCCAAGCAGGGGAAGCAGACGCAAUCGCAGAAACGGUCGAGCUUGCUUUGGUUUUGGAAAAGGAACGACCCCGAAACUCACACGAGCGAAAAGCCAGCUUCUGCUGGGCGCGAUGUGAACCCCCAAGAUUCCCAGCCUCCGACCAACGAGGCACCGGCCCUACAAUGCUCGCAGUCUGCCGACAAUGGUGUCACCGGAGCGGCCCUUCAGCCUAGUGACGAUGGCGAGGACGACGAUGACUCUGUUUUUGGCGACUUCAAAUCGACAUCACAGCGACCUGUCGACAUGUCAUCGGACGACCAAGUCAGUCUGCACAAAGUACCGGACUUCGAACCUGUGGGAAUGGGCUCGUUCGUGCCGCUUCAACCCAAAAAGAAGGACUUAAAUUCGACAUAG